CUGCUAUAUAUUCCAGUCCACGGCUGCCGCUCAGGCAGAAGUGUGUCCGAAGCCGUCACCUAAGCGUGGCAGAUUCUUGAACGCUUCGCAACAUGAAGCUACCCUCACAGUCAGCACCACUUCUACUAGCGCUGCUCCUCCUGCCUGCAGCCGCACCAGAAGACACCGAGGAAGGGCCAGUCGUGAAGGUGUCAGGAGGAGAGAUUCUGGGCCGAAUCGUCAGCCAACCAGGAGCGCAACUAACGAAAUACUACUCGUUUGAAGGCAUUCCUUAUGCUCGCCCGCCUCUUGACGACCGGCGAUUCAAAGCUCCCGAGGAAGUGGAAUCAUGGACUGGAGUGAGAAACGCGACGGCUCCAGGCUCAACGUGUGUUCAAAAAGAUGUAUUAUUCACAAAUAUGACGAGCGGGGACGAAGAUUUGUUCGUCCAUGGGGGCGCUUUCAUUGUUGGCUCGGGGGACUUGGACCGCAUGCGCCCGGACUCCAUCCUGCGCCAAGAAGUCGUUUUGGUGUCUUUUAACUAUCGUCUAGGCGUCCUCGGAUUCUUGAACACAGAAGAUAAGGAGGCACCUGGGAACGCGGGCCUAAAGGACGCUGUGCAGGCUCUCCACUGGGUACAGAAGAACAUUAAAACGUUCGGAGGAAACCCUGAACAGGUGACAGUCUUCGGCGAGAGCGCGGGUGCGGCCAUGGUCCACUAUCUGCUGCUGACGCCGCUAACGAAAGGUUUGCUGCACGGCGCCAUCGCCAUGAGCGGCGACGCGCUCUCCCCGUGGGCGAUGGCGCGCCGCCCGCGCCAGAACGCCCUCGCCCUGUGCCAGCUGCUCGCCGCCUGCUGCCCCGGCGCCGCGCCCGACGCCAUCGCGCGCUGCCUGCGCCGCGUCGACGCCAACACGCUCCUGCUGCACCGGCUGUGGAGGAACCCCUUCCUGCCGUCCGUGGAGGCGCCUGGGGCCAGUGACGCGCCGUUCCUCACCGCCGACCCAGAGAAGCUCCUGCGCGAGGGCCACUUCCUGAAAGUGCCCUUCAUCACGGGCUUCACCAACGCAGAAGGCAUCCUCUACAUCAGGUUCGCCGGCCUCUUCAGCGACCCGGCGCAGUGGGCGAGCGUGGACGAGCGGUUCGUGGAGAGGUUCCGGUGGGAGAUGCCGCUGGGCAUCCAGGGGGCGGACGAAAUCAACGCGGUGCGCGCCUUCUACAUGGGCGACCGCAACAUCCGAGACGCCAACGAGGACCCCGAGGCCUUGCGCAGGUUCCUGCAGCUGACGACGGACAUGCUGUUCGCCACGAGCAGCGUGACCUCAGCACGCCUCAUGGCGCAGGCCGGCGCGCCGGUGUGGGUGUACGAGUUCACGCACGAGAACCCGUCGCCCCUCUUCAAGCACUUCCUGUACAACGCGUCGCACGUGCCCGGCGUGGCCCACGGCGAGGACCUCGGCUACUUGUUCAACAUAGCGCGCAGGCGCGGCGACCUGCCCAUGCGCGACCCGCCCGCCGAGGACGCCGUGCGCCAGCGCCUGAAACCCGACGCCUAUGGACGGCGAUCAGCCAACAUUACAGUGGCCACCUUAUACCGCUGACAAGGAAACCUACAUGGAAAUGGGCACGGAGUUCAUCAUCAAAGAGCACGUGCUAGGAGAUCGAAUUGCUCUUUGGCGACGACUGUCCAGUAAGUCGGAGGCAGCGGGCAGCGAGUAGGUCAGCUGCGUUAUCGACUCUUAACGUGCACUGCAUGGCACCGUAUCGCCUACACGCUACGAUGUAAUUCGCACACAACAAUGGUUUUGGUGCAUUAUCACACCUUCCUACACGUAGAUGCACGCGAAGGCAUAUAAAACACGAAUAACACGAGUGAUCCUAAUGUUUCCUCCCUGCACAUCAGAUUCUUCAAUAAUCCUCAACAAAGUACGAAGUCCCUUAACCAAUCCCAACUGGCAAACAAAGUGUAUUAAGAAAACACUUUCGUAUUAAAAAUGCAGAAAUUUGGAAUUAAUAUUAAUUUAUUUAGUUAGUUUAUUAUUAAUAUACAUUAAUAAGUAUUGGAAAGUGGUAGCCGAAUCUUAAUUUCAUAUUCAUCAUAGCUGUACCGCCCUAAAUAUUCUAUUAAAAAUUCCACUGCACAUGCCUUCAUAGAAUGUGUCCCUCCCCACUUAACUAUUUUGUCUCUUAGCCACAUUUUAUCUCACAAUGCAUUGGCAUAAUUAUAAAUAUAAAAUAAUAAUCAUAACAAUAAUAAUCGUAAUAACAAUAAUAUCUUAAACUACCUCUGAUAUGCCCGUAAAAUAUCAAAAAGUGUAGUAAAGAAAACGCGAAAGAACUAUAAAAUAGCAGUAAAUUAAAAAACAGUAUUAUAAUGUUGUGAGUGAAAAAUUUGACAGCUCUCUCCACUAUCGAGAAGUAAAAACUCCAAAAUGAAAAAAUAUGUUUAUAAUAACAAGCUAUUAUUAAAAACCGAAUAAUAUAAAACAAUGAUCACCUUGAGACAUUCCUGGAAGUCAUUCCCAUUUACUGGCAGUCUGUUUCAAGAAAUGGAAUUCCAAAAUCAUAAUAUAAUCCAAAACUCAAUACUAGCAUUAAGCCCGGUAGAAAUACAAAAACUUCCGUUCCAUUCCAACAUCCAUCGCCGGUUCACUGCCGAAAAUCUGAGAAGAACCAUAAUAUCCUGAUGAAAGUAUCGCAACUCACUAUGCUGAAAGCUGAGAACUGAAAACAUACACAGAAUGGUACCACUGCAUAUCAUUGCGGAAGAUUUACAUCGCGCAUUAAACAGAUAUUCAAGUGCCAACCAUGAGCAAAAUUUGUUGUUUUUUAAAUAUUAUAUUCUGGCGCCUUUUUCGCAUAUGCGUCUCUAAGCUAUCUUUUGUCCAUUGGGCAUCGAGCGUGUGACUACAUAUAAACACGCUUAAUGGCCAAUAUGAAUAUGUAUUUAUUUAUGCAUGUACACGUCGUAGAAUAUUACAAAGAGGUUAUACAAGACCCUAAAAAGCCCUGAUUUUGUGGAUGGAGACUAGACAUUAUUGAAAAAAUACCAAAAUCCUAAUAGUCAGGGAAUAUUCCGUCCAAU